GUUCCGUGGUAACCGAACACAACAACUUCAGUGUUACAUCUAAGCGUAGAGAGAUUCUUAAAAUUGAGACUUAAAAAUUAGAGGUUUAACGCUGUUAAAACAUCAGAUGGGUCGAAUAUGACAAAUAUGGAUGAUAUUCGAGGAACAUGGGUAAGUAUUGGCCUCAAUGGUCGUGUUUUGUUAUUUCAAAAGCUUGAUUGCCCGACCGCCGACUGAAAAUUGUCUAACACAUCUCGAAUUAUCUAGUUUCCUACAGGUUUUCACGGACACUUUCGCAGCAAAUCACGUUCAGAGUUUACAAUUCCUUAUCGGCAAAGAGCGAAGCCUUGUCCGCCAAGAAAAUUUCUUAAUUACGCGACGGUAAGUGUAUUAAUGGCGAUUUAUGUCAGCUGGUAUUCACAGCUGUAAUGAAGAAGGGUAAACAAAGUUUAAGCGACACCAUGAUGGAAUACCUUCUGAUCUGUCAUGAUCAGCGAGUAUUUCGUCUUUGAAAUGAAGUUCCCUAUCGUUCCCCCACGCGCGCUACGUGUAUUUAAACUUUCUUUCAAGAAGACAUGUUUUUAUGUUCCUGUCACAUUGCACAACUAUCAAAAUAUGUUCUGCCUAUGGCUGUCACGGCUCAUGGUAUAGCUCAGCUGUUUAGCUAGACGGGGCUAUAGUAUAGAUUGCUUUUCUAAAACGGAAGCGAAAACUUACUACCAAAAAAAAAACCAAGUUUUGACAGAUUUUGAAAUUCAAUCAAUUUGUAAAGAACCGAUCACAAUAUUGAAGUUGUCUUCAUCUUGCCCAAGAACGGACGCGAUAAAUAAUUAACGACCAUUUGAAUGUAUCUACACGUUAAAAUAUUAUUGUGACUGGUUGACAUCAUCAAUGAUAAGCCACUAUCCUAAUUAAUAUAAAUUCAGAAGAAAGUAAUAUUUUUCUCUAGUUUCUCCCCCAGAUGGUCCAUUGCAACUCCUGGUUAGAAUACUAGUGUUAAUAAAGGUCUGCUGAAAAGCAGAGCAUAGUCGUCCGGGACGUUUUUGAUGAAUGCUACCCACCAGUUAAGAAAGUCUCUUAAGUCCAUUCAAAGAUUUUUUAUUUACCCACUCCCUGGUCUGUUAGUUACAGAAGCAAGGAUUAGUACAGUUGGUUAGUGCACAGCUUUUUGUGCAAGGGGUCCUGAUUCUGAUUCCCAUGCGUGACCUUAAAUCCUUGUUUUAUUGACUUCAUUUCCUUGUAGCAUAAAACAGCUGUAAAUAUACCGGUGCAUGUAAAACUGGUGGAAAGAGAGGGGUAAAAUGUGCACACUAUCAGCUUCAGGUUUCUUAGUAAGGUGAUGACGUUUUCAAGAUACGUGGUAAAUAAAAUAAGAAUGCUUUACCUCUCUACCUUGGUGAUUCUCCUGUGAAGAUGACUGUUGGGCUUUUCUGAAAUUUUCCCUUCAGGGUACAUGUGCCAGUGUAUCCUUUUCUGGGGCAUAUUCCCCUUCACCCCAAAGAAGUACUUCUUAUAAAACAGCAAGAAAACAAACACCGACUAAUUUUAUAGACAUAACAAAACCUUCAGCAAUAUCUCAGUCACUUAUGCCAACGUAAUUUCAAAGAAAGCAGCUUGCUUAAAUUGAGUCAAACCCAGUCUCCUUGAAAAAGGUACUGAUACUGAUAUCCUCCUUCAUGAGGAUUUCUUCACCAAUAAGAAUUACAGCAUAUGAGUAACAGGGGCAGAUCUAGGGGGAGGGUGCAGGGGGUGUGCACCCCCCCUGAGAUGACCUGUGGUUUUCUAAUACAACUGGUAUUCUGCAAAAAAAAAAACUAUGUGGUUUAUUGAUGUUGAAGUAGAGCAAGAGACGAGUGCACCCCCUCCUAAAAAAAAUCCUGGAUCCUCCCCUGAGCAAAUUGUCCAUGCAAUCUUUGAAAUUCUACUAGAGAUCAGUGAGCAAUUUAAGCCUUUAAGUUAACUUAAUUAAACAUGUUUAAACAGGAGAGGUCUAACAGGCAUCUCUUCUCAAGACAUGACAACAGACAUGCACACAGUGAUAUGGGAGAUCUUGAAACAUAUUUUGGAAUGGUAAGUCACGUGUCAUAUUUUGUGCCUUAGGUUGACCUCAAAAAGUAAAAUGUGAGGUGUUUCUUUGUUCCUUUUGUUUCCAUUUCAAUAGUAAGUCUGAAAAAACAGCUUUCAUUUCGCAACGACACCACUCAGGUUUCCAGGUGAAAUAAACUCAUAGAAAUGGAUGCUAGUAAAAUGGAGAAUGAGCACGGGGACCAGGAAAAUGAAAAAUGGAACAAAACCUAACUUGAACCCUAGCCCUAUCAGUAACUUUAUUUCCAGUUCUCUGCUGUUGUUCCCAUUUUUCAGUUUCCCAUUCCCGGUGCUCAUUCCCCACUCCCCGUUCCCUGCUAUAGUGAUAGUAGCUUGCACCACAGACAGAAAUUAACUUCUGGUUAAGUAUGUCUAAGAAACAGCACCAAAAUCCUUCGGGGUUAUACUCUAGCUUUCAGGUCUUCAAAUUCCAUGACUUUCUAUGACUAUUUCUGUCAUGACCUUUUUAAGUUUUCCAUGACCGUCGGUUUAGCUGUCCGUUUCGAAGAUUUUCAAAUUUUCCUUGUUUUAGCAUAUUUUUUGAGCUUAAACAGUUCAAAAGACACAAACUCUGGUGUCCACCAAAAUACGUCCCGUUCGCGCUGUUUAACUACUUCUCUUGAUCUUAAGUUGUCCUUGGCGAGCUUUGUCAUCUGUAGUAUCUAAUCUACCAAACAGAACUUUCAUUUUCCAUGACUUUCAAGGACCGACAAUUAAAUUCCAUGACUUUCUAGGUUUUCCAUGACCUGUACAAACCCUGUCCUCGUUCUGGGCCCACACCUGUCUACCAGGAUUUGAGUACGUGCCAUGAUUGGCUACGUCUUUAAUACUAACAUCCCUGAGAAACAAGUGAAGAAAUUCCAUAAUGAUGACUUGUCACUACCCAGAUUUGGGAAGUACUUCGAUUCGGUAAAAAUUUGCUUCGUUCAGUCAAACUAAGCACUCACUAGAUCUGGGUAGUGACGCAUCAUCAGCGGGGAAUUUCUGCGUUCCUUCCUCAGAUGUCAUUUCGCGGGAGACUGCAGUGGUGGUGUCGCGAGAUGACAGGUGUUUUCUCAGGCUAAUUCAAAAGUUUACCGUUUUCAAUCCCACUAUCUAAAAUAUUGCUUUUCAGGGAAUGGGGAAGCGAAAAUACCUCCAACCAGGACAAACUCAACAUACCAGAAGCACCCAAGACAUUAUAACUUGGCGAGGUAACGAAUGUCCCAAUCCAUCCACAACUUAUCGCUCGGAUUUCCCUUCUGGUUCUAGAAUGUCGUCGCGUGGCUACAACGAAAGUGAGCCGAUUCAUGUGAGGUCAAAUCUCGAACUUAGACGAAGGCAUCUUCGGGCGGCUUCGGCCCCUCCGUCGCAGCGACGAACAGCUCCGUUACUUGCUUGGAAUGAGCCAGAUGACGCGCUACAUGGAAAGCCUGGAGUUGGUCUCAGACAGCCGAUUCGGGAACAAGGACCAAGCUACGCCUCAGCGACCCCUUUUGCACAUACAGCCCCGGCUGCUCUUCGCUCACAGACUGCACCCAGUUCGAAGAGUUUUACUGUAUCAGAAACAAUCGUACCUCUUAGCACCACGUGACUAUGAAUAUUAGCUGUGUCCUAAAUGAAAUGAGACUAAGAUUUUAAAAUUCGCCACUUGCACAUCUCCCAUAAUGCACCUUAUAUGCCCCCCAAAAUUUUACAUAACCUUUGUUUUUCAU